UUUUAGGAUCAAAUGGCAUCAAGAACACAAGCGUUUGACUUGAUCUGAGAAAUUACCCUUUCUUCUUUCCCAUCUUAAAUCCCCAGAAUUAAAUUUCUCACAUCACAUCAGAAACUAAGCUUAAGGUUGUAACUCAAGAUAUGACGUCGAGGGGAUUUCUGAGUCCAAGAAGAUCCAAUCCCAGAAAGACGCCACCCGACCAUCUAUCAGGCACCAUAUCUGCCCCUGAAUCAACCAUUCACUUAGCAACUCCCACUUCCCAUCAGCACCUGACUAAAGCAGCAACUCAACCUAUAAGUCUUCAAACAAGAAAAAAAAAAGCUGGAAUUGCCACUCCUAAGGAUGGUUCGAGUCAUCAUAAGUUUUCUGAUUCUCCAAAUCAUUCUCCCAGCCCUGUCAAAACUGCUGAUCAUCUUCUUCAAAAUCAAUUGCAUCACCUCUCUAUUCACGAAGUUAAUGAUGUUGUUGCGAACAACGUCCAUCAAUCAAGAUCGAUACACAAAUCCGUGAGUUCAGAUACAAUUAUUGAACAACAUAAUUCUGAGAGCAAUUCUCCAACAAUGUUACUUAAAAUUUAUGAGUUGAUUGCAUCUCAUCGUCAAGGAAACACAUCCAUUAAAUCUUACUUCAGAAACCUCAAGGCAUUAUGGAAUGAAGCUGCAGCUUCUUCAAUCAACCUUAAUUCCCCUCAAUCUUCAUCCAAUAAUGCAAUUGAGGAGCGGAGUGAGUUCAUGGAAAGAGAAAAACUAAUGCAAUUUCUUUUGGGACUAAACGAUUCUUAUUCCUUACUUUGCUCCCAAAUCCUUGCUGUGAGGCCAUCUCCAACGGUGGACCAAGCUUAUUCUCUUAUAGUUGGAGAACAAAAAACUAGAAAAUCUAAAAUGACCAAGAAAAACACAAUGUAGCAAUGAAAAUAAACAUCUUGCCUUGUUCGUCAACAAUGGUGAUGAUAAAGCUUCAUUUUUUCUUCUUUUUGGUUGAAUUGCAUUUUAUGUGUUUCAUCAUUCCUCCUCCUUUGUUGUCUGAGAGCUUUUUCUCUAGCUCCUCCCAAAUAUCAAUACUUGUACUUUUUGUAUACUUGAAUACAUCACUUUUGAGUUUUGUGUAUAUGAUGAAAUGUGUUAGUGAUGUAUCAACUUAGUUUAAAU